AAAGUUGGAUCAACUGAGAGACCACCGUCGACAUAACUAACACAAGCCACCAAGCCUCCAGUCCUUUCCAAACAGAAAUUGAAACACUGUAGUUUACCAAUAUUUUUUCUGUUAUUGUUAAAUAAACCUAGCUUCCUACCUGGAGGCAUCGACGAUUCACUGAUACUAGAUACAGAAGUCCAUUAGGCGAAAGCUUCCCCUAUUCGGUCCAGAAGUAUUUGAAACCAUUUGAAGCUAUUGUACAUGACAAACAUUCCCGUCAUUAUGAAAAUUAACGUGCUUACUUCCACAAUUAUUUGCACAAAAUCGAAAAUAAACGUCUUUACUGAACUUGUGAAUUUUCACUCAACAUGUCUUUAGCGAAAAAGUGGUGGGAUAAAAGUGAAACAACUACGAAAAGGUAUUCAUCUGCUGAUAUACAGCCUAUUGGUGAAUAUUUACAAGAGAAAUUUUCUCAUGGAGUUGACUAUAAUAGUAUGUUUAGGAAUUGGCAUAAAAAUUAAAAUAUUUGCUUUUAUCAUUACUAUUAUUUUCUCUAAAAUUUUAAUAGGCACUAAUUCACUGGUUUUACAUCCGACUGGCUAAAGAACUAAAUUAUGUGAAUUGAAAUCUCGCUAUGAAUAUGUUUAUAUUCAAGUUUGUAAAGAUCCAUUAUUUAUGAAUAACUCAUCCAUAUCUAGAGCUCUUUAUCAGUGACCUCGAAAUUUAAAUAUUGGGUGCAUUUCAUCAGACCUCAAAUUUAUUAGAAAUAUUUACUUUUGCUGGGGCUUGCUAGUAGUGUAUAGACCACUGACCAAGGUUCUCCAAACAACUCUGUGCUGGGCUCUUUUCUAGUUGUUUACGAUUGGUGCCCAUAGUCUUAUCGUCUGCCUUUGGUUUUCGGCGUUAUAUGCUCUUUGGUCUUCCUCUUUUCUUUUUGUUAAGUUAGAUCUUCGCGAUUUAAUUUUACAUGGUUUCCACAAAGCAUGCUUAUCCGCGUUCAGCUUCUUUUUCUAAUUUCCUCCUCAACUGGCAACUGGUUUGUUUUGUUUCAGAUUGGGCUAUUGUCGAUAGUCUGUGGUUAGUGGAUCUGGAGUAUCUUUCGCAAACAGCUAUUUAUAAAACCUGCACUGUUUUGGUGAUUGUCGCAAUUCUUCAACUUUCAGCUCCCUACAAUAAACUUUUAACACGUGUUGAAAAUUCUUACUCUAUUCUUAGGUGACAGUUCUUUUGAGUUCCAGAUAUCCUUCAUUUGUAGGAAUGUUGUCCUUGCUUUUUCAAUUCGCACCUUCACAUCUUCAUCAGAUCCCCCUCGUUUAUCAAUAAAAACGGAGGCUUCCACCUGUUCCAGAGAUUUUCCAUCGAGCGUAAUGUAGUUGAUGCUCACUGUUUCGUAUUUCUAGAUCCUACUUUUUCUUUUGUGAAUGUCUAUUUUUGAGGAGUCCUCCACUGUAUUGGCUAUCUUCAUCUGCAUUUGUUGCUGCGUAUGGGAUAGAAGGGCUAAUUCAUCUGCAAAGUCCAAGGCAUCUAGAUGUAUUCAAGGUUUCCACUAUGUUAUUUGCUUUUCCUGAAACGUGGAGUAAAAUUUGUCAUGGUGGUUCAGUUAAAUUCAUUUUUUUAGUUUUAUAUGCUCCCUUGAAUUGUACUUUUGUCCAGUUUUCGAUUAAUUUCAGUGUUGUCUAAAUCCUAUGGGAAAGUCGAUACAUGCAGUUAUAUGUAUGAAUCUUUGAAAAUUGUUAUACGCGGUGAUCGUAAUGUUGGAAAAUCAACUUUACUUUCGCGCUUGAAGGGUGAACAGUUUAAAGAAGAAUACAUUCCAUCCAAUGAAAUUCAACUAGCUAACAUUCAUUGGAAUCAUCAGAAUUCUCAAAGUGUAAUUAAAGUGGAAGUUUGGGAUGUUGUUGAUAAAGGCAAACCUAGGAGUAGUGUUUCAAAAGGCGUAAGGUUUUUCAAAAAACUAACAAAAGGCCAACCUAGUAUCAAUAUUGGUGGACAGGCUGGAAAUAUUGAACCGUGUUUAGAUGCAAGUUUUAUUAAUGUCUACAAAGGUGCACAUGGUGUUAUCCUAAUGAUGGAUAUGACAAAACCAUCGACAUUUGAAUAUGUAUGUCGUGAACUUAUACAAAUUCCUCCGAAAUUGCCCAUAUUAAUUAUGUCCAAUUUUCAUGAUAUACAAGAACAACGUAAAGUCACUGAAGAACAAGUUCAAAUCUUCCUCAAUGAUUCUAUUAUGCAGCUGAAUCAGUAUAAUGUUACAACUGAUGAAAAAGUCAAUGAAUUAUCAAGAAAUAUUCAUGUACAAAAGAUUUCAUCAUCAAAUCCAAUUCGUUCUAUCCCCGUACAAUAUUGUGAAUCAUCAAUGAAAACUGGUUUAGGUUUGAUGUAUGUGUAUAAAUUCCUGAAUAUACCAUUUUUAUGUCUGCAACGUGAUGUACUACAAUAUCAACUGAAACGUAAUUAUGAUGAAAUGAUUCAUGUUUUAGACGAGUUAAGUCCAAAAACUGAUAACCAGACACCAGAACAACGUUACAGUUAUAUCGAUUCUGGUCAGAGGAGAACAACUGAUGAAUCGUCAUCAUCACGAAAUUGUUCUUCUUUUUCUGUGAUAAAAGAGAAUGUUGUAAACUUUCCGAUUAAAUUAACUGAAUCAAAUAAGACAACAGCGAUCUCCUUCAACCCAUCCAAUAUAAAUAAUCGAAAUAAUUUUGAUGUUAAUCAGAAUAAUGUUCAUAUAAAAAGAGAUGAAUACAAUAUUAUUAAGACUAAUGAAAUCAAUGAAGAGUUGAACCAGAAUCCAAUGGUGAUAGCAUUCAGUGAAGAAAUUGAUCCUGCUGAUAAUGAAAUAUAUUAUCUUAAUAACAAUACUACCAAUAUUACUACUAAUAAUCAUUCAGAAUCACCUACGGAAUCGUACGCAACAGUUACUCCAAAUAGUGAUAAUGACAAUGUUUUUAAUAUUACUGAUGAUAAUUUACAUUUCAAAAAUAAUGAAAAUUUAUCCCAUGAAAUAAUGGAUGAAUUACAGUUGAAUUUACGCUUAGAACAAUGUUACUCUCAUGGGAAAAAAGUUAAUUUGGACUAUUCAAAUCAGUUCAAGAAGUCCGAAUUGAAAACUAUAGAUGGCACGAUGGCAAAUUCUGGACAACUGAGAAAAUCUGAGUCUAGACAAAAUAAGAACACAGACGAACAGGAAGGUAUACUCAGUACAAACUUAAAAAACAAUAAAAAUUUGUCAAUAUCUAAUGAAAAUAUCAUUAUACUACCUACAGAUGAUGAUGCCCUGGAAAAAUUUCUUGAAGAUAACUAAUAAAAAAAAUAAAACUCUAAAUCGUCUUUCUUUUGUUUCUUCAAAUGGAAUCGUAACUUACAUUCCUAAUCUUUUGUACAAAGAAAAUUAAAUAUAUCUUCUCUAUUCUCA